ACAUGGCCUACUGCAUGGGGCUGGACAGAAAAUCAGCUUGCUAUUGAAGAUUUAAAUAUUAACAUGAUGAUAAUAGUUUAUAAAUGAGAGCACGAGCUGGGCUCAGGGUUUAAGGAGAGUCGGGAUAAAAACCUUCUUUUGUUAAGAUCAAAAUGCUAGCUGGUUGCCCGGUAGGCCAAAACGCCGAAGCUUAGAUCCUGAAUUUUGAUCGCUCCCAUGGCGGAUCCAUCUCCCCCAGCCAAUCUGAUACACGUGUUCUGGCAUGAGGGCAUGCUCAAUCACGACGCCGGCCAUGGCGUCUUCGACACGGGCAUGGACCCCGGCUUCCUAGACGUCUUGGAUAAGCACCCGGAGAACUCGGACAGGAUUAAGAACAUGGUCUCAAUCCUGAAGCGAGGCCCCAUAUCUUCCUACAUCUCUUGGCACCUGGGAAGACCCGCUCUCGUCCCUGAGUUGCUUUCUUUCCACACUCCAGAGUACAUAAAUGAACUAGUUGAAGCCGAUAGAGAUGGAGGAAGGAUGGUCUGUUUGGGGACUUUCUUGAAUCCUGGAUCCUGGGAUGCUUCACUUCUUGCUGCGGGUACAACAUUAUCUGCAAUGAAGCAUAUACUUGACGGACAUGGCAAAGUUGCAUAUGCAUUGGUUAGACCUCCAGGUCACCAUGCUCAGCCUGCUCAGGCUGAUGGGUAUUGCUUUCUAAACAACGCAGGCCUUGCGGUUAAAUUGGCUUUAGACUCUGGUUGUGCAAAGGUUGCAGUCAUUGACAUUGAUGUUCAUUAUGGCAAUGGAACUGCGGAGGGAUUCUAUCAGUCUGAAAAAGUUCUUACCAUCUCACUUCAUAUGAAUCAUGGUUCAUGGGGUCCAUCUCAUCCGCAGAAUGGCUCAGUUGAUGAACUUGGGGAAGGGGAUGGAAUUGGUUAUAAUUUGAAUAUACCUUUACCAAAUGGAACUGGUGACAAGGGAUAUGAAUAUGCCAUGACGGAGUUGGUUGUCCCAGCUGUUCAGAAAUUUGAGCCGGAUCUGAUUGUAUUGGUUAUUGGCCAGGACUCAAGUGCUAGACUGGCAAUGAUGAACAGAAGAUACUUGACAGUGGAUAAGAGUAAAAACUCUUUAGUGGACAACAUUUCCCUUCGGCCCAAAACUAAGAUUAAUGAGGAUUGUUCUCUUCUGUUGAUCUUGCAUGUGCUUCAGUUUGAUCCAAAUGGGAGACAAUGCUUGACCAUGGAUGGGUAUCGAGAGAUCGGGCGCAUGGUUCGUGGUCUGGCUGAUAAGCAUGGUGAUGGGCGCCUCCUGAUUGUCCAAGAAGGUGGAUAUCACAUUACAUACUCAGCCUAUUGCCUCCAUGCGACACUUGAAGGUGUGCUCAACCUUGGGCUUCCUCUGUUGUCUGAUCCUGUUGCUUAUUAUCCAGAAGAUGUGGCGUCGGCUAUAAAAGUUAUUGAAGCCAUUCAACAGUACCAGAAAGCUGCUGUACCAUUUCCUAAAGGAGCUUAAUACGGUAUUCUUAGAAAUUUGUUAGUUUGUAAAAUUUUUUCUUGGUGUAAUGUAAAUGAGAUUGUAAAAUGCUCUUAAGUGGAGGGCCAAUAGAUCCUUUUUAUCGUAAGAUAAAGUUCAAUAUGUCAUAUUUUUCGGGUAUUUUUAAGAACCUAAUUUGUUAAUUAAUAACUUCCUUUAUAUGCUUA